AGGCAACGUCCCUGUUGCGGUCAGCAGCGGCUCCGGUGGGCAGAGACCACGAUGACAGUUUCGGUUCGGCCCGGAGGAGACUCGGACUUUCCGGAAGUGACUGAGGUCGUGGCGGGAACUCAGGUCUAACCAGGACCACCUUCCCCCGGCCCGUGCAGUCGGGAUGCCUCUCCCUGGUGAGGGUGAGGAGGAGGAGAGACACGCAAGACUCCGGCUCUGGCUGCUGCCCCCGCGACCGCAGGUGAGAGGAGGACAACGUCAAGCUGAGGUGUUGAAGGGAAGCCGCUGGCCCUGCAGGCUCCUGUAAGUCCCGACUCUCUACUGGCACCUGACGCCGGCAGCCAUGGAGCUGGCCCUGGUGGACUUUGAUGUCGCCUGCUUGGAGGAGGAAAUCUUUGCGGACGAAAGCACGGCCCUAACCGUGGAUAUACCGGUGGAGUACCACAGCCCCGCCGCUCACCUCUCAGCCCCCAACCCUUCGCCAGCCCCGACCAAACGACCGAUGCUGGAAGUCCAUCAAUCCCCCAAGACGGCCAGGCCGGGGCGCCAGGGCCGCAGCAGCUGCAGCAGCAUCAUGUCCAACUGGAAACUUCUGCUGAGCAGCGAAGGGAGCAAAGACAGCGAGACCAUCUUCAACCGACUGACCAAGGAAUGCUGCGAGGACCUGUUCAUGGACAAGCGCGGACUGGACGACGGAGACCAGAAAGUCAUUAUUAACAUUGCUGGUCUGCGCUUUGAGACGCAGCUCAAAACUUUGGACCAGUUUCCUGAGACGCUGCUCGGAGACCCCACCAAGAGGAUGGAGUACUUUGAUCCCAUGAGGAACGAGUACUUCUUUGACCGCAACAGGCCAAGCUUCGACGGGAUCUUGUACUACUACCAGUCGGGCGGUAAGAUCAGACGUCCAGCCAACGUUCCCCUGGAUGUGUUUGCCGAUGAAAUGGUUUUCUACGAACUUGGCAACGAGGCCAUGGAGCAGUUCAGAGAGGAUGAGGGGUUUAUCAAGGACGUGGACAUUCCUCUACCCAACAAUGAAAUCUGCAGGCAGUUCUGGCUGCUGUUUGAGUACCCCGAGAGCUCCAACGCCGCUCGGGGUGUGGCCCUGGUGUCGGUCAUUGUCAUCGUCAUCUCCAUCAUCAUCUUCUGCAUGGAGACGCUGCCGGUGUUUCGUGAUGAAACGGACAAAAUUGUUCCAACUGCUGUGCAACACUACAACCAGUCCAGAGUCCAGAGCCCGGCCCCUGCGGACACGGAGAACCCGGCCGCACUGUCUGACCCCUUCUUCCUCAUCGAGACCGCUUGCAUCGGCUGGUUUUUCUUUGAGCUCUUUGUCCGUUUCUUGGUGUGUCCCAGUAAAAAGGAGUUUUUCCACAACAUCAUGAACGUCAUCGACCUCAUCUCCAUUAUCCCCUACUUUGUGACCGUGAUCACCGAGAUGAUCACCACUCCAGAGGAGAGCUCGGGCCAGAACAUGUCUCUGGCCAUCCUCCGAAUCAUCCGUCUGGUCAGGGUGUUUCGUAUCUUCAAGCUUUCCCGCCACUCCAAGGGGCUCCAGAUCCUGGGGCAGACUCUCAAGGCCAGCAUGCGCGAGCUGGGCCUGCUCAUAUUUUUCCUCUUUAUAGGUGUGAUUCUCUUCUCCAGCGCCAUCUACUUCGCCGAGGUGGAUGAGCCUCACACGCAAUUUGUUAGCAUACCUGACGGCUUCUGGUGGGCAGUGGUAACCAUGACCACCGUUGGCUACGGAGACAUGUACCCCAUCACGGUGGCCGGGAAAGUGGUGGGCACCCUGUGCGCCAUCGCCGGCGUGCUAACCAUCGCACUUCCGGUGCCAGUCAUCGUUUCCAACUUCAAUUACUUCUACCAUAGAGAGACAGAGGCGGAGGACAAGUUGCCUCUGGCAGAUGCGAUUGAGCAAGCCAUGAAGGUGGACGCUGACAGCAAACAGGGGAGCAAGACCAACCUCAACAAGUCCAACGGCCUGUGGAAGACGAACAAGUCCAGCUCGUGAUGGACAUGCGACUUACCUCAGCCAUGCUCUCAAACCAUCUUGGAGGGGACAAGGUUCCUGGAGAGGAGCAGCCGAGCACCGUUCCCCCAGACUCGUGAUCGUAGCAGCAACGUUUCCGCCAACCAUUAUAUCCUACAUCAAAUCAGGCCACUUGAAUGGUGGGUCAGCGGGUGAAAGGGCGCUUCUCAGCUCCUGACUCACCUUUCUCUUCAAGAGUGGCCUUGUCACUGACCCCUGUCCUUUCAGUAACCUUGAUCUUAUGGGCACCCGCUGGUCAUAAUGUGAUUUUAAUUGACCUUUUCUCCUGGUGACGGCGUCGUGGCGGCGAGGUUUAGCCGAGCUCUCUGGUGCUUGUUAGCAUGGCAGUGCAGGUUGCACAUGCAGCCUCUGCAGAGCAGUGACCCCGACAGCGUCCAAGAGAGGCGUGUCACAUCCUCAUGGCAUCGGUCCUUACCUGUUACUCUUCUAUUUCACCUUUGUGGCGACCGCGUUCCUCGUGUUGUCUGCGGGCUCCAUGCAUAUCCAAGUGGAGUGCCUUAAGCUGUUGACCUGCCACCUGUAAUCUUGACAAACAUCCAUGUACAUAGGCUUCAGUGAUAGUGUUUAUCAGCACAGAUUCCAAGGACGACGACAGCAGGAGCUUCAAGCUCUCAGACCAUUAGAUCUGAAGAGAGUGGUGCCGGGUGCCCGCAGCAGUCUGUUCCAGGGCGACUCCAGUGGCUCCUCAUGGGGCCGCGGCGGUGCUGGUUCCCUUUAAAAACCCUGCAACCCUCUGGCCCUCCGAGGAUCCACUUGAGGAGCCCUCUUUUCUGUUAUACUGUUGGACUGGUUCCCAGGGAGCUGAAGGAAAGGCUGAGUAGCACAAAGAAGAAAGACAUUUUUAAGUGGUUAAAAAUGAGUGAGUAAAAAUCGAUGUCAAAUUAAAAGCAGCAGUCAGGGCUUCAAACACCCUUCAGUCCUGCACUUGUUUGUGCUUCAUCUUUGAUGUGCAUUCUAUUCCAAAUUUGCUUGUUCCAUCUGAGACUCUGCUGGUCCCAGAGGUGUCACCUGAGAGGCCAAAGACUGCUGCAGAAGGGAGACAUUGAGGAGCGAGGACUGUCUGUCAUGUACAAAUUGUAAAAGUGUAUGAUAUGAAAUAAAA